UUUUAGUUUGUGACGUUUUCAACAGAUAAACAUUGAAACUGGUGAAAGAUCAUUUCACUGUGUUCUGCUGUAAACUGAGCGCAGAACCAGAGGAAAUAGACCAGACCUUGAAUAUCUAGAAGAGCAGCGUGGCCUGAACCACAACUGAGCCGCAGCCGGUGCAACAUGGACGAGGACACUUCAGAGCAAGUUGGACCCUCAACCACAAAAGGUCAGGACCACAGACUGAGAGCAGAGUCUCCAGGGUCCAGCUGUCUCUCUCUGAAGAGUGACUGGUCCAUGAGACAUCCUCUAGUCUUCAGUAAAGAACCUGGACCCUCACCCACAGAGGAGAGGAAGAGGAGUCAUGUUUCUGAGGAGGAGCAGUCGUCCUGCUGUGCUUCGUGUCAGGACGUCCUGAAGGAUCCAGUCUCCACCAGCUGUGGACACUGGUUCUGCAGACGGUGCAUCACCUCAUACUGGGACCAGUCUGGUUCUUCAGGAGACUCCUCCUGUCCCCAGUGUGGACAAAGAUCCAGAACAGGAGCUGGAGAUCGUGGUCUGCAGGAGGUUUCAGAUGAACAUAAGCUCAGUGUGAGGAGGAGAUGUGAACAUGUGACUGAAGGAAGUGAUGAAACAGGAAGUAGAACCCUCCUCAACAGGAUCUACACUGAGCUCUACAUCACAGAGGGACAGAGUGAAGAGGUUAAUACUCAACAUGAGGUGAGGCAGCUUGAGACGACUUCCAAGAUGAAGAUCCUCCAGGACACUCCCAUCAAGGUCCACGACAUCUUUAAAGCCUCCACUGACCAGCAGAGCAGCAUCAGAGUCGUCCUGACCAACGGAGUCGCUGGCGUUGGAAAAACCUUCUCGGUGCAGAAGUUCACUCUGGACUGGGCAGAGGGUUUAGAGAACCAGGAUGUGGGUCUGCUGGCUGUGCUUUCGUUCAGGGAGCUGAACCUGGUGAAGGACCAGCAGCACAGUCUUCUCACGCUGCUCCAUGUUUUCCAUCCAGCGUUACAGAAGCUCACGGCAGAGACGCUCGCUGUCUGUAAACCUUUGUUCAUCUUUGACGGCCUGGAUGAGAGCAGACCUUCUCUGGACUUCAACCACAGGGAGCUUGUGUCUGAGGUCACACAGAGGUCAUCAGUCAACGUGCUGCUGACAAACCUCAUCCGGGGGAAUCUGCUUCCCUCGGCUCUCGUCUGGAUAACCUCCAGACCUGCGGCGGCCAAUCAGAUCCCUCCUGCAUGUGUUGACAGGGUCACAGAAGUACGAGGCUUCACUGAGGCCCAGAAGGAGGAGUACUUCAGGAGGAGAUUCAGUGAUGAAGAGCUGUGCAGCAGAAUCAUCUCACACAUCAAGACGUCCAGGAGCCUCCACAUCAUGUGUCAAAUCCCAGUCUUCUGCUGGAUCAGUGCUACAGUUCUGGAGCACAUGUUGACCACAGACCAGAGAGGAGAGCUGCCCAAGACCCUGACUGACCUGUACUCACACUUCCUGCUGGUUCAGACAAAGAGGAAGAACAACAAGUACGGUGAGGGACAUGAGACGACUCCACAGCAGCUGACGAGGGCUGACAGGGACGUUCUCCUGAAGCUGGGGAGGCUGGCACUUAAACAUCUGGAGGAAGGAAACAUCAUGUUCUACCAAGAAGACCUGGAGCAGUGUGGUCUUAAUGUCACAGAGGCCUCGGUGUACUCAGGAGUUUGUACUGAGAUCUUCAGAAGAGAGUGUGUGAUCUUCCAGAAAUCAGUCUACUGCUUUGUUCAUCUGAGCGUUCAGGAGUUUCUGGCUGCAGUCUACAUGUUCCACUGUUACACCGAGAGGAACACAGAAGAACUCAAGAACUUCUUGGGAACACUUAAGAACACAGACACCUUCUCCCUGGAUGACCUCCUGAAGAGAACCAUGAAGAAAUCCCUCCCCAGUAGAAAUGGUCAUCUGGACCUGUUUGUUCGCUUCCUUCACGGCCUCAGUCUGGAGUCCAACCAGAGAGUCUUAGGAGGCCUGCUGGGUCGGACAGAGAACAAUCCAGAGAUCAUCCAGAGAGUCUUAGGAUGGCUGCUGGGUCGGACAGAGAACAAUCCAGAGAUCAAUCCAGAGAACAAUCCAGAGAACAAUCCAGAGAUCAUCCAGAGAGUCAUCAACAACCUGAAGAAGAUGAAGAGUGGUGACAUUUCUCCUGACAGAAGCAUCAACAUCUUCCACUGUCUGACUGAGAUGAACGACCACUCAGUUCAUCAGCAGAUGAAACAGUUCCUGACGUCAGAGAACAGAUCAAAGGAACUCUCUGGGAUCCACUGCUCAGCUCUGGCCUACAUGCUGCAGAUGUCAGAGGAGGUUCUGGAUGAGUUGGACCUGAAGAAGUUCAACACAUCAGACCAGGGUCGAUGGAGACUGAUCCCAGCUGUGAGGAACUGCAGGAAGGCUCUACUCAGUGGUUGUGGACUCUCAGAGACUCACUGUGAAGUCGUGGCCUCAGCUCUGAAGUCAAACCCCUCACAUCUGAGAGAACUGGAUCUGAGCUACAACAUUCUGCAGGAUUCAGGAGUGAAGCUGCUGUGUUCUGGACUGGAGAGUCCAAACUGUCGACUGGAGACUCUGAGGUCCUUAAAUCCUUCUUCACUUUUCAGACUUUCUUUCUUAUUGGGUCAUUAUUUAUUUAAAUUGUCUCAGUUCUGCUCUGCUCACUGUCCCUCAGUCAUCUGUCACUCACCCAGCCUGUCAGUCACGUCCACCUCAUCAACUCCAUUCACCUGCACUCACCUGCUCCUGAUCACUAAGAAAGUGUCAGUGAAUAACAUGUGGACUGAGCACUCGUCCUCCUCAGGUUUUCAAAAUAAGACACAUUCUUAUUGAAACACGUUGGACAGUUGAUAAGUAUAGAAACAAACAGGAAGUGACAUCAGGAGCCAUCCCUACUUUAAACAGUGUUUAAUUACACAAACCUGCUCAGUGACCAACACACAGAGAAGAAGCUGAUGAAUGAAACAAUGGUCCAACAUGUCUGAUCUGAUAUUUAUCUUCAGGUCACAGACUGGACUGAGGUCAGCAGCAUGUUGAGAGUCUGUGUUGACAUGAUGACGAUCCACAACAACAGGAGGACACAUUCUAAUAUUCAUAUUUCUUUAUCCAGGUUGGAGGACUGCAGACUGACAGAGAUCAGCUGUUCUUCUCUGGCUUCAGCUCUGAAGUCAAACCCCUCUCAUCUGAGAGAACUGGAUCU